AUGAACGGCAGUGAAGGGAUCAAAAAAGCCGCCAUCAACAAAGCCAAGCAGGUCGCCGGCACCGCCUCGUCCUCCAACGGAAGCAGCAACAGCACCAGCAACAAUGGCAAGAAGCGCAGGAAGCAGGAUCUGAAGCCCAUCAUCACCACCGAACAGCAGCAGGUCGCCGGCGGGAACCCUUACAGUGCGCAAUCCCAGCAAUCACCUCUCAACCACCAAAAAGCGGCCUACGGCCACGAUCUCCACGACUCACCCUCGGCAUCAGAGUCCUCCGGCGACGAGGGCACCGAAAACACGGCGGACGAGGAGGAUAGCGAAGACUACUGCAAGGGUGGUUACCACCCUGUGCAAGUAGGCGAGCAGUACAAAGAUGGCAAGUACACCAUCGUGCGCAAGCUGGGCUGGGGCCACUUCUCCACCGUCUGGCUGUCCAAGGACAACACCACCGGCAAGCAUGUCGCGCUUAAAGUGGUGAGGUCCGCUGCUCAUUAUACGGAGACGGCGCUUGAUGAGAUCAAGUUGCUGAAUAAGGUGGUCGAGGCGAACAAGGACCACCCGGGCAGGGCGCAUGUUGUCAGUUUGUUGGAUUCGUUCAAUCACAAGGGGCCGCACGGGAUGCAUGUCUGCAUGGUGUUCGAGGUGUUGGGAGAGAAUUUGUUGGGCUUGAUCAAACGCUGGCACCAUCGAGGCAUACCCAUGCCGCUGGUGAAGCAGAUCACGAAACAGGUGCUUCUUGGACUGGACUACCUACACCGGGAAUGCGGCAUCAUCCACACCGAUCUCAAACCCGAGAACGUGCUCAUCGAGAUUGGUGACGUCGAGCAGAUCGUCAAAACUUACGUCAAAGAAGAGGAGAGGGAGAAGGACGACCACAGGAAUGGCAGGAGGAGGAGAAGAACUCUGAUCACCGGCAGCCAACCUCUACCCAGCCCUCUCAACGCAUCCUUCUCAUCGAGCGACCUCACAAACUUCCCCGGCAGCACGCAGAGCUUGAACAAGAUUGUGAGCGAGAACAGCAGCAGGCCGAACAGCAAGCCCAUUAGCGGAGAGUCGCCUAGUGCUUCGAAGGAUGGCGCAGAGAUGAGCGGUGCAGCUGGGACUAUGUCGCCACCACCUUCUAGGUCGAUGCUAGAGAGUCUAGGCAUCAAGCCGGGCUCAUCAGAUGGAGGCAGUGUCGAGCCUCAGAAGGAGCGCGAGAAGACUGCAUUCAGAGAUAUCCUCGCCAACAACGUCUCGGACAUGGAUCUCGGCAAGACGACGCACGUCCAGCCGAAGGAGAUUGAGAAGGGCGAUGGCAUCGAGCAGAUUUCCGUCAAGAUUGCGGAUCUGGGGAAUGCGUGUUGGGUGGGACACCACUUUACGAAUGACAUUCAGACACGACAGUACCGAUCGCCCGAGGUGAUACUUGGUGCGAAGUGGGGUGCGAGUACGGAUGUUUGGAGUAUGGCGUGCAUGGUCUUCGAGUUGAUAACAGGCGACUACCUCUUCGACCCGCAAUCGGGCACCAAAUACGGCAAAGACGACGACCACAUCGCACAGAUCAUCGAGCUCCUCGGCACCUUUCCCAAAACCCUCUGCAUAUCAGGCAAAUGGUCGCAGGAAAUCUUCAACCGCAAGGGCGAGCUGCGCAACAUCCACCGCCUGCGGCACUGGGCGCUGCCGGACGUGCUGCGGGAGAAGUACCAUUUCAGCGUGGAGGAGGCGAAGAAGAUUGCGGAUUUCCUGCUGCCCAUGCUGGAGCUGCUGCCGAUUGAGCGGGCGAAUGCGGGGGGCAUGGCGAAUCAUGCUUUUAUGCAUGAGACUAAGGGGAUGGAUGCGGUCAAGUUGGAUAUCGCGGUGGGUAGUAAGGGGGAGGGGAUCGAGGGGUGGAGUACGGAGAUUAAGAAGGGGUCGCGGUAG